AUGGAAACUUCCCAGACACACAGCUCCGAAAGCAUGUCCAAGGACCUGUCAGAACUGCUGAAAGAAGCUACCAAGGAGGUGCACGAGCAGGCAGAGAACACACCGUUCAUGAAGAAUUUCCAGAGGGGACAGGUGUCACUCCAGGAGUUUAAGCUGGUGACAGCAUCCUUGUACUUCAUCUACUCUGCUCUGGAGGAAGAGAUUGAACGUAACAAGAACAAUCCAGUUUAUGCCCCUGUGUAUUUCCCAACGGAGCUCCACCGGAAAGCUGCCCUGGAGAAAGACUUGGAGUACUUCUAUGGCAGCAACUGGAGGGAAGAGAUCCCAUGUCCUGAGGCUACUCGGAAAUACGCUGAGAGGCUCCACUAUGUAGGCAAGAACCAGCCAGAGCUCCUGGUGGCCCAUGCCUACACUCGGUAUUUGGGAGACCUGUCUGGGGGGCAGGUGCUGAAGAAAAUUGCCCAAAAGGCCCUCCAGCUGCCCAGCACUGGAGAAGGGCUGAAUUUUUUCUCCUUUGAUGGAGUCUCCAAUGCCACCAAGUUCAAGCAGCUCUAUCGCUCCCGCAUGAAUGCUAUCGAGAUGGAUCCUGCCACUAAGAAAAGAGUCCUGGGCCAAGAGGAGGAGGCCACAUAAUGAGACAGUGUUCCUUCUUCUCAGGUGUUUGAGGCACUGCAGGAGCUGGUGUCUAAGGGCCAGGAGAAUGGUCACCCUGUGCAGCCGAAGGCAGAGCUUCUUCGCACAAGGAAUGUUAAUAAAUCACACGAGCACGGUCCAGCACCUGGGAAAGAAAGUGAGAGGACAAACCGGAGAAACACAGACAUGAAUCCCAGCACUUCCCUGGUGCGAUGGAUCCUGGCACUCAGCUUCCUAGCCAUGACAGUUGCUGUGGGUUUAUUUGCCAUGUGAAAGAGCAGGACCUUCACCUUUUCUUCGUGCCUUCCUUCACCCUGAACUAAUCCACCUUCCCCAGUCCUUGUGAGAGAAAUUCCCCCUGACUGGGUGCUGUGAUCUUGGCUCUACCACUAAUAUUAGGAGACUUUUCUCCCCAGAAAUCAGGGCGCUGUAAGGGGGUUCAGGCAGUCUCCUCCAUGCUUGGUGUAAGCUCUUCUCAGAGACUAACUUUAUCACCAAAAACUAAGGGUAGAAAAGGCUAAACACAAUGGCCAAGAAUUGUCGUUGCUUCACAAAGUGCCUGCAAAAAUCCUACAGGGUCAGAAACACAGCUUUGACAUCUGUCUUUUGUCAGAAAUACAAAGCUCCUCAGAGCUCUGUUUGCUCGGAUUUUUUUAUACUGCUAGGUAACACUGUGAUCACUUUUUCUGUGGAGCCACAUGGUUCCUGUGAGUUACAGACCAUUUUAUAUGACACUAGUAGGUCUUUGUUAAAUCUUUUUCCAAUCAUUUUGGCUUUUGAAAGCAGGAGAUGGUUGUUGAAGAUAGAGUGUCAUUCUCGUCUGGUUAUGUAAUUUAUACACAUAAUAAACUUCAAUGUAAAGUCUUCAAGCCUGGUGUUUCCUAUUAUUAAAGCCUUACCCAGGGAGAAA